UCGUAUAUGAUGAUCAAAAUGGUGACAUUUUUCUCCCUCAAAGAAAAAUUAGAUUUACUCGUUAAUUAUGCACUUUUCUAAAAAACCAAAUCUAAAAGCACGAUAUAUGAGUAUACUCGUGUGCGUGAAGCCGAUGUCCAAUAGGAAAUUUUGCGCCUUUUGCACCAUAUUUGGCUCUCGUAUGAGUUUAUUGACGCUCAUCUAACAUUACUGUGUUCGUGAUGCUUCCGAUGCUUCCGAUACUUGAAGAUAGUGUUAUGUUAAUUGAAACAUAUACGUGUAUACAUGUGUAUAGCUAUUCCGGCAAUUUCUUGUAUGUAUGAUCAAACGCUUCAAGUGAUCGAAGGAUAUUCUCUAAAAAGGAGUAAUGCAUUUAUUUUUUGCUAACUCUACUCAGCAAUACAGAAAUAUCAAUUUGUUGGAAGAAAAAAAAGAUCACCUUUUUGGAUUAUCCCUCAAUACUUGAAUAAAGCAGAAUAGAAAGGAAGAAAAGUGGUACCGAGACACAAUAAUCCAUUUGUGUUCAUCUAAGUAACUGUGGAAAAAAAACAAACAUAUCACUUGUGCAAAUUAAAUGAUCUCGAGUUGUUAUUAAAGAUAAAAAAACAUUACGUCUAUACUACUUUAGAGGCAGUUGAAUUAACUGACGCAAUAUUUUAAUGGUUUUAACAACAAUCAAAUUCUUGAUUAUAUCUAGACAUUGAUGUCAUGGGUUUUGAAGACGAAAGAAGUGACUCUGACGAUGAACAUGCUAAAUCUCGAAGUGCUACUCCAGAUUCGCAAAGAUCAGACAGUAAUGUAGCACAAAGUAAAUCGAAAUCAAAUUCUGCUAGUCCUAAAUCUUCACCUGCUAGGUCCAGGCAAUCGUCUCCGGUACAAAAUGGAUCACCAGUUUCUGUUCAUUCUAAUGCAAGCUCUAGAAAAUCUUAUUCUAGAUCGCCAUCCAGAUCACUCUCACCAAGUGGAUCUGUUUCACCAUCAAAUGGCAGAAGAAGCAUAGUAUCUAGAUCAUGUUCUAAAUCCCAUUCGCCAGAACCUAUGGAAACAAAUGCAAGAAAUGUCUCCCAAUCACCAGCACAUUCACAUCAUUCUGUGAAGUCGGGUUCAAGAUCUCCAAGUUCUUCUCGUUCUGCGUCCAGAAGUUCUCAUGCAGCAGCAUCGAGGAAUAAUUCACGUUCCAGAUCUAGAUCAAACUCGGCAAAGCCAAGCGACAAUCAAUCUAAAUGUGCUUCGCCAAAGACAAAUUUUCAUUCAUCUUCUAGAUCCUCACCCCAGGUAGUUUCUAAAUCACGAUCUCGUUCAAAAUCACGUUCUCGGUCUCAUUCUCGAUCUCGAUCUCGAUCCCAAUCCCGAUCCCGAUCUCGAUCCCGAUCCCGAUCCCGAUCCCGUUCUCGUUCUGGCUCUUUGAAGGCAUCAGUUCAUUCACGUUCCCGGUCGGGUACUCCCAAGUCUUUUCAUACAAGAUCUAGGUCACGAUCAAGAUCAGCUAGUCCAAAAGAAAUCAAAGGUGGUUCAAGGUCGAGGUCAGGAUCUCCAUCUGGAUCAAAGAAAGAUUCUCGUUCACCUUCGGUAUCGCCACAUCAAUCCCCUUCAGCGCCUGUCAGACAAUCACGUUCAAGGUCAAAAUCACGCUCUGUGAAUGAUUCUAGAGAUGGUUCUCCCGAAUUAAAGAAGACCUCCCAUUCUAGAUCUCGGUCCAUUUCAGUGGACAAAAAAUCCAAAUCAAGGUCUAGGUCGAGAUCUGGUUCCGGAUCUAGAAAAUCGAGAUCACCUUCGAAAUCCAGAUCUUUAUCAGGUUCGAGAAAAGGUUCGCGUUCAAGAUCGCGAUCGAGAUCGCACAAGUCUGGAUCGAGAAGCAAAUCAAGAUCUAUCUCGGGAUCGCGUAAAGGUUCCACAUCUCCGGUACGCUCGAGAAAAGAUUCGCGGUCAAGGUCUAGAUCCAGUUCGCGUUCCAAUAAAUCUAAAUCGAGGUCUCCCUCUGGUUCAAGAGUCUCACGUUCGAGAUCACGUUCAGAGUCCAGAAAAUCUGUAUCAAGAUCAAGAUCGCGAUCUCGGUCGAGAUCAAAGUCGGGUUCGAGAUCACGUUCAGGAACGCGUUCGAGGUCACACUCACGCUCGCGGUCAAGAUCACAUUCUAAAUCACGUUCGAGAUCGAGAUCAAGAUCCGGAUCGGCCGCUAGAUCCAGACAUUCCUCUCGUUCCAAAUCUCGGUCUAAAUCGAGAUCUAGAUCGGCCUCUGGAUCCCGAAGGUCUAGAAGUCCGAGCAGAGAUUCGGAUGGAGUAAUCAGAAAACGAAGUAGAGUAUUAUCGGAUUCUGAAGAAGAGACUGAUGAAGCUAAAGCAAAGAAACGAACGAGGCAGGAAUUAUCAGAUUCUGAACAUGAAGAUGGAGACGAAAGGAAAAAGGAUGACGACGCACAGCAAGAGGAAGAGGGUGAAGAUCAUGAAAAUAAACAAUUGGUUGGGGAAGCUAUUAAUGAACAACAGGAUAAUGAAGAUUCCGACGAUGGAAUUAUUACCAGUGGUGGAAUGGAUGACUCAAUGUCUGAUUUUGAUCGAAUGCUAGCACGGAAGAAAGAGGAACAAUCUCGUAGGCGUAAACGAAAAGAUAUUGACAUUAUUAAUGAUAACGACGAUAUUAUAGCGCAAUUAUUGUCGGACAUGAAGAGUGCGGCUGAAGAAGAUAGAAAGUUGAAUCAACAAAAUAAACCUGCGACUAAUAAAAUCGCCAUGUUAUCGAAAGUAUUAUCGCAACUGAAGAAGCACGAUCUACAGUUGGCAUUUUUGGAACAUAACGUGUUGUCAGUUCUUACCGAUUGGUUAGCACCGAUGCCUGAUCGUUCAUUGCCAUCUCUCAAAAUUAGAGACAACCUUCUGAAACUAUUAUGGGAGUUCCCAAAAAUUGAUCAGAGUUCACUGAAGCAGUCUGGCAUUGGAAAAGCUGUAAUGUAUCUUUAUAAGCACCCAAAAGAAACAAAGGAGAACAAAGAACGCGCUGGAAAAUUGAUCAAUGAGUGGGCUCGACCCAUCUUUAAUUUGUCUGCGGAUUUCAAGGCGCUAUCGAAGGAAGAAAGAAUGCAAAGGGAUCUUGAACAGACGCCUCAGAAGAGAAGAAAAACAGAGGACGGAGGAUCUUUCCAAAAAUCACAAGAUAUUAAUAAAGCCUUGAAAGGAGAUGCCAAGCCGCUGAGACCGGGAGAUCCUGGAUGGGUGGGAAGAGCUCGGGUUCCUAGACCGUCUAAUAAAGAUUACGUUAUACGACCUGAUUGGAAAUCGGAUAUUGACAUUAGUAGGAGCACUAAGAAGCAAAUGAGUCGAUUCGAGAAACAUAUGAAGAAUUAUAUAGAUAGCAAGCGAAUGAAAUCUGCAAGAAGAGCAGUGGAUAUAUCCAUAGAGGGUCGCAAGAUGUCUUUAUAACGAAAAAUACACAAAUACGGUUCAGUCUAAUUAUUAUUAAUGUAUUGGAACAAAUACAUGUAUAGGAUGUAUUCUAUGUAUUAUUCGUAACGUCUGUAUGUACAAGAUUAAGUACGAGACUAAAUACAAGGUCAAGUAAACACUUAACAUAUUUAAGUUUA